AUGAAGUCAACUUCACUAUUCAGUGCUGUUCUCCUGGGGUCAACAGUAGCUUCAAGCACCAUUCUUUCCCGCGACUCUGGGCCAUCGUUCUCGCCAAAGGAGCUAGAAGAUCCCAUCAUCCUCUUGAGCGAGGAUGAAAGCUUCCAUUUUGAGCUGCUCUUCACCCUCGGAAACACCAUUUUCGGGGCUGGCGACGUCAACGACGUCUUGGCCGCAGCGAAAGACAUCAAGGCCGGGAACUUCACCAGCUGGCUUGAGACCUUCCAUGCGUUGGCUGAAUACACCAAAAAGCAAGCCGAGGAUGCGGACAAUGCGUACGAUCCAUUGAACGUCCGGGAAGCCUGGUUUGCUGCGUCGAGCUACUACCGUCAGGCCGACUUUUACAACCAUGCGAACUGGACGGACCCACGUAUCAAUAGCUUCUGGCUCGAGCAACGCGCUGCGUUCGAUAAGGCGCUUGCUACACUGCCCGUUCCUGGCGUACGUAUCCAGAUUCCGACUGACAACUUCACCAUUGAAGCAAUCUGGUACACAUCCGCAGCCAACGGGGUCAAACGGCCGACCUUGGUUAUCGGCAACGGAUAUGAUGCUAGCCAGGAGGAUUCCUACCACUCAUUCGUCGUACCAGCCUUGGCCCGUGGCUGGAAUGUUAUGACCUACGAAGGGCCAGGGCAGCCCACUGUUCGCCGCAAUGAUGACAUUGGUUUCAUCCCUGAUUGGGAGAAGGUUCUCACGCCAGUGAUAGAUGAGUUGAUGAAUCACAAAGGCUGCUUCGUCGAUGAAGACCGGCUGGUUCUUGUUGGCAUUUCAAUGGGUGGAUAUCUAGCCGCUCGUGCCGCUGCGUUUGAGCCUCGGAUCAAGGCUCUUAUUCUCAAUGGCGGCGUGUGGGAUGUCUACGAGGGAUACACCAGUCAGCUGACCCCGGACAUAAAGGAACUUCUCACUGCGGGCAAGCAAGAGGAAUUUGACGAGGCUGCCUUGCCGCUCUUGGAUAGCCCACAAGUGCCUACAACGAUGCGCUGGGGUCUAGGACACGGAUUGUGGUGCUUCAAACAGCAUUCCCCGUACAUGUGGCUCGAAUCGCUCAAGCAGUACACUCUUCAUGACGUGGUUGAGAAGAUCAAUGUACCCGUCCUUGUCGUCGAUUCCGAGUUCGAGGGGUUCUUCGCUGGCCAGCCGGAGGUUGUUAAGGACGCACUCGGCGAUAAGGCAACUUAUAAGUUCUUUAACAGAACAGCUGGAUAUCACGUCCAAGUCGGAGCUGGACAGGAGUGGAAUAGAUACCAGUUUGCAUGGCUAAAUAAGACACUAGGGUAA